CGUUCGUUCAUUUCUUGCAUUUGAUUCAAUGCAAAGUAAUAUUAAUUGUAGAUUCCAAUGAUCUAGAUCAGCUAGCUCAGGAACUCGCCCAAACUGAAGAAGAACAGUUAGUAAAAACCCAAAAAGUUUCCUCUGCAAAUAGAAUUGUUAGUACGCCGGCGUUUGAGUACGACAAAUAUUCAAGAACAAUAUUGAAGCCCCAAUACAGAGUGCACGAAAAGCCGCCUAAUAAAAACAGAAACGAGCUUGAGCAUACUAAUAAAUCGUUGUUCAACUCCAAAAUGUAUAAAGGUCGAAAUCCGAUCAACGCCAUCUUGAAUUCGGCGUAUCGAAAUCGCCGACCGAUAUUGAGAGAUCCCUUGGCAGGCAAAAUGUACGACCCUGCUCAUGAGCAUGCUCCAAGUAACAAGCCGGUGGAAUUAGAAUACCUCGACGACCAGUGGAAGCCUAAGAAAAAACAUCCCCAAUUUCAUUUUCCAACCUUCUCUUUUUAUAAUUUAUGGACGUACGACAAAGCUCUGUUCCAAGAUCGCUGUCCGACAAACCAGUUCUUAAAUGGCAGAUUCUGCAUCUACAGUCCACACAUCAUCACGUGAAUUUUCGCUUCAAUACAAAUACUUAAUUCAAAUUGGUAAAUGAUAACUGUUGAUGAUUAAAUAUAAUUGAUAAAUGUAUUGAAA